AUGGAACGUGGGGGCCAUAGGAGGGCAUCACUGAGCAUACCGCUGGAGUUGGGAAGCACAUCGCUGUCGUGGGAGUGUAUCGCCAAGCAUGCCGCCGGGGAUCGAAGACCGUUGGCACGGCAACGGGGACUGUGGGACUCCGACCGCAUCGCCGAGCACGCCGUUGAACGUUGCCGCUGGGACAGGGUCCAUGGGAAGGCAUCGGUGGGCAUGCCGCUAUGGAACGGGACUGCUACCGCUGACUACGCCGUCGCCGGGUGGGGGACCGUUGGUAUAGCAACGGGGACGGUGCGGGAACUCCGGUUGAUCGGCUCCGACGGCUCCGGGGGUGUAAGGGACCGCUGA